CACAAGGUUAAGGCUCCUUAGUCUCCUUAUCGGUAUAUUGUGAAUUUUACUUUUGCAUCAAGUUAUUUUCAUGUGGUCACACUCAAUAAUUCGGAGACAAUAAUUCAGGGAGUAGUACUUUUUAUCAAAAAGAUUUUAUAUGCAAACAUUUUUCAAGCCUAGACAUCACCUCGCGCGAGGUCUCGGUGGAUGCGCCCUAUCCUAUCCUAUCCUAUCCUAUCCUAUCCCAUCCUUAUAUUGAUGUUUUUCGAGUAAGUACAAACAUGAAUUUUUUUAUUUUCAAUAGUCUUGCGCUAGAACAAACUUGAGGCUUCUUCAGGCUGCUUAGAAGAAAACGUGCUUGGAAGACUGGGAAGAUGUAACCUCUUUAGCCGGAUCUUUAUCUAAGAAAAGAAGCCGUUCGAAUUCGAUCUUUGCCUCGCUGCUUUACUUAAGGGUAGUAGAAGAAGUCGGUGACUAUCUGGUCAUCACUAUCAGAUAGUGUGUCUGGUGUGAGGUGAAGCUUCCUCAGAGCAGAAGGCGUUCUUUCAUCUCCACUAUCUGGUGUGAGGUGAAGCUUUUUCAGUGAAGGCUUUGUUUUAUCCUUCCUGUGAUGUCUCAGAAAUAUAAAGGGGAAAGUAGAAAUCUUUAAGGGGACGAAAGGAAGCAACUCACUCGUCACCGACAGACUGAAUGGCUCCAGUAUUUGGCAACCUGAAUUUGAUCACAAGGAUUCUCUUCUUGUUUUCCCUUAUGAUCAAAAUAUGGCUACUGAACACCAGAACAAUACACAGACGAUAGUGAUUUCCGGUCGCUAAUCUAUGAGGAGGACGGCGCCCGAGGAGAGCUUCGGCCUGUAUGGAGCCAACACUUAUAAUAUCAUUAUCAAGUUUCUCAAGUAGAAAACUGUGAUAAUGAUAAUAGAUUUUGGCUCUAUAGCCUGGGAUCGAGUUUUACAGCCCGUUUGGCGAUUUUGAAGUAGACUUUUUCGCUAUUCGGCUGACGUGCGUGGAUAGACCGGACUUCAUGUUUCAUCACUAUAAUGGCGUAUACGUCUUUAAGAUGGGUCACCUUAUUAUAUUAGCUUGCCUUGUUGUAUGCAGGGAGUAGGACAGUUGUCAAGAACUACUAGUCUUCCACCAGGAGUCAUCUAGGAAGCAUCAAGUUUCCCAAUAUGAGAGAAAUUUGGAUGAAGAACCAAUGCAAGAAUCAAUGCAAAAGCCUGAAGUUCUUUGGAUCAUUCAUUCACUCAGUCACUCAGUCACUCACUCAGUCAUUCUCUCACUCAGUGCAACAGUGCAAGUUCUAAGGUGUUUCGUGAAAUUGAGCAAGAUCGUUACCAAAGAGAUGAUCUGGACAUGCUACUUAACUGUAGCCGCUACCCUGUCCACCACACGGUAGAUCUACUUCCGCAGCUUUGGCUUCCCGGUGUCAGCGCCGUCUCCCCCAGUUAUGCGGCCUGGUUUUCCUUGCUUUCGCAUUCCAAGCUAGGGCGAAUGACGGACUUAUUGCCAAGCGAUUUCAUUCAAACCUAUCUGCCUCCGUCCGCCUAUGUUAAGGCAUUUUUCCUAUGUUUGGACUAUCGUGUGCAGCUGAUUUAUUUCUUAGGAUGAUGAUCUUCUCGCACUAAUCAAAAUCAAGUGCAUCACAUGAUAAACAUGAACCCUCCCACUUUCCUUACUACACCACCAGUGACGUAGUUCUUCAACCAACAUGAUCUCUUAUAUAUUCUUUGAGAUGUAUCUAUAAUUAGGUUAAGGUUUAUGUAGAGAUAUUAUAUCGCUACCUGCUCAAGUAGAGCGUGCUGUUAUUUCAUUCCCUUGGAAUUCGAACUAUCGAGGGGUUCGAACUAUCAAGGGGUGGGCAAAGCCAAAAGGUAAGUCGAGUUUGACUAAUGUACCCGAAUAGGGGUCCGUCUCUACUACGGGUGCUGGGUGCAUCAGGAUCAUCAUCAUCAUUAUCAUCAUCAGGUAUCUAACUUGUACAGCUACGGAUUGACACUAGAUGGAAACGUUGUAAACGAAAGUAGUAGUCGUGUAGGGGUCUUCUAUACUUCUGGAGUGGCUUCAUUCACUCACUCACUCACUCACUCACUCACUCACUCACUCAAGAUGGACCAAGUGACGGGCUUUAACUAUGACGCCUAUGUGGAGAAUGGCUUAAGUGAUAUUUUCACUUCUAGGGAUGAUUCCCCGUUCUGGGUGGACAGAGGGACAGCGGUCGUCACCUGGAGGGGUGCGGAAUUGCGAGCCAGAGAGUGGCGCGACAUCGCGAAUGAUUACCAGUUUUCUGCUGAACGUGACAAAGUAGAGAUCCACAUUCGCGGCGAGAUCUGGGACGCAAACCCACUCUUUUCGGGUCGCGCUUCCGAGCGUCUGAGCUACAAAUUUUCGCUUACGCUACGUUUCUGCCUGCGCUGGGGCCUUCCCCUUUUCAAAGAAGACGAAGCUGCGCCAGGCACACCCCCUCUUAUGUCUUCAUCUGCUUCUUCUCCAUCUUCUUCUUCUCCAUCUGCUUCGCCAGAUGUAGUAGCCUGCCUUCAAGGGAUCAAAUUAAAGACGACUAUAGCAGCGCGCGCGCGUGAUGACGAGGACUCACUUGAUGAAGAAGUAUUGCACGCAGAAACAAGGGAAGUUUCAGGCUUUUGGGAGAUGUAAGAGCCUUGGGCUUUGGGAGAUGUAAAAGGAGCCUUGGACAUUCGAAAAUGGACCAGAAGCUACAGCAAACUUAUACCCCAUGAAUGGGCACACUACUACUACGAAUACUACUACUACUACUUCUACUACUGCUACAAGAAAAAGAGGGUGGGUUACUAGGUUGUGGAUCCUGCACAUCUUCGAGCGCCGCCGGCACAAUGAAAGAAAAUGACUAUAUUAUAAUUAUCAAACAUGAAGCUUUAACUUUGUUAGGGAGGGCUAGAGGACCUUGACGACAAGUCGAGCCGCACGGCCUCUUGCUGGGUACAUACAUUCGGAGGCUGUCCAUUAUGCAGCACAUCAUUAGUUUGAAUGGUUCAAGUAUUUGGUAACCUGAAUUUGAUCACAAGGAUUCUCGUCUUGUUUUCCCUGAUGAUCAAAAUGCAUAGGGCUACUGAAUACCAGAAGAGUACAUAGUUGCUGGCGCCAUCAUCUACUAGCACUACCUCGACGAAGUCCAAAAGUCCAAUUAUGGACUAGUACCAAUAAAACAUGAAGUAGUUGUACAUCUCUACGUACAUCUCUACUUUUUUAGAACAGGUAGAUGUACGUAGACUCACCGACGUGGUGUUUCUUAUACAGCAACUAAGUACAAAUGAGAUAAAUUAGAUUUAAUUGAAAGUACAACGCUCUUUGUGGUGCGUGAUGUAGCUACGUUUUUCAAUAAAACUAAACGGGUCGUUGUUGUUGAAAGUCUAGAGAGAUGAAAGUAAACGAGACUAUUUGCAAAGCAGCAUCUCCAUAUCGCUUUGUAACAACUACUUAAUUAUAUCAUGAUCAUCCCCUGUUUGUGGUUUUCUUAGAUAGGGAGGGCUCUGCAGCAAUUCGAUUAUCAUGAAUAUGAUGAACGAAAAGCUGGGCUUCCAGGGUCGCGAAAGAUGAAAAAUAAUGACUGUGGAGGUGUUUUACCUUACACCAGAAUAGGAUCAAGGAUAACACAGGGACUACUUCUAAACUAUAUACCUUAAGCAGUAGCUUUUUAGUCCUGCUUCUUGGUAUAAUUAUGUAGUCACAAAAACGAAACGCUCUACCACCACAUAAGCUGUGACGAUUCCUAUUUCAAAGACAUGAAACCUGAGAUUCACCACCACGAGAAGUUGACGACCGACUUCUGUCGAGGAG